CCGGGGAUGACGAGCGGAGCUCUGGAGUCCGUCCGUCCGUCCGUCCGUCCGUCGGUCGGUCCGUCGAGAUCAUAAAGAAGCGCAGCACGGCGACACAAGGCGCGCGGCCGGCAGGGACGCGCUGUCUGGUCGCGCGGGACUUGUCGGGUGUCGCUCGCUGCGCGCGCUCGGCGCCUCCUAUAAAUGAGCGGACGCAGCCCCGAGAGCCUCAGUUUGCGCGCGCGCGGACGGACAGGUGGGUGGCUCGCAGACUCGCUCGCUCGCUCGCAGACUCGCUCGCCCAGGCAGAAGCUGCUCUCCCUUCGAAGCAUCAGGCGCUCGGCUGCAGCAUGGACUCUCCCUCUGUCGAUCUUCACCUCAGUCCGGUAACCAAGAAUGCAGUCCUAGUGGAUGGCGUUGUUCUCAAUGGGCCAACUCUGGACUCCAAGUCUGGGGAGCGGUUUGUGGAAGAAGCUUUUCCUUUAAUCAUGGAAGAAGCGGUCAGAAAAGCAACAAAUGUCAACGAGAAGGUGUGUGAAUGGCAGCCCCCCGAUGCCCUGAAGCAGCUUCUGGACCUGGAGCUGAGGGAGGAAGGUGAGACCCACCAGCAGAUCCUGCAGCGCUGCCAGGAUGUCAUCAAGUACAGCGUCAAGACAGGUCACCCGCGGUUCUUUAACCAGUUAUAUGCUGGACUGGAUCAUUACUCCCUGGUUGCCCGUUUCAUUACGGAAGCCCUCAAUCCCAGCGUAUACACCUAUGAAGUGUCGCCAGUGUUUCUGCUGAUUGAAGAAGUCGUUUUAAAGAAGAUGAUGGAAUAUGUUGGCUGGGAGAAAGGAGGCGAUGGCAUCUUUUGUCCUGGUGGCUCAGUUUCCAACAUGUAUGCUGUCAACGUGGCCCGGUACAAGCACUGUCCAAAUAUUAAAGACGAGGGUCUCUCGGGGCUCCCAAGACUGGUUAUGUUUGCCUCCGAAGAGUGCCACUACUCGAUAAGCAAAGCUGCCGCCUUCCUUGGGAUAGGCAUGAAAAAUGUUUAUGCAGUUUCAUCGGAUGAGAGAGGUAAGAUGAUACCUGAGGAGCUGGAGAAACAAGUCCAACGAGCCAAGAAAGAGGGGGCCGUGCCGUUUCUGGUCUGCGCGACGGCUGGCACAACAGUGUUUGGAGCCUUCGACCCUCUACAGGAGAUUGCAGACGUCUGUAAGAAGCAUCACCUCUGGCUCCAUGUCGAUGCCUCAUGGGGUGGCAGUGCAUUGAUGUCUAGAAAACACCGACAUCUCCUCAGUGGCAUCCACAGAGCUGAUUCAGUGGCUUGGAACCCACACAAGAUGUUAAUGGCGGGUCUCCAGUGCUGUGCUUUCUUAAUGAAGGACAGAACGGGCCUGCUUCAGAUGUGCCACUCUGCACAAGCAUCAUAUCUGUUCCAGAAGGACAAGUUCUACGACGUGAGCUGUGACACAGGAGACAAGUCAAUCCAGUGCAGUCGCAGAUCUGAUGCCUUCAAGUUCUGGUUCAUGUGGAAAGCCAUCGGCACACGUGGGCUCGAGGGGAGAGUAAACCGGGCCCUCGCCCUGGCAAGGUACCUGGCAGAAGAAAUCAAAAAGAAGGAGGGCUUCCGACUUUUACUGGAACCUGAAUAUGCAAACGUCUGCUUCUGGUACAUUCCGCCGAGUCUGAGGAAUACGCCUGAGGGUCCUGAGUUCUGGGCGAGACUUCAUCAGGUUGCACCGGCCAUCAAAGAGAGGAUGAUGAAGAAGGGCUCCAUGAUGAUCGGCUACCAGCCACACCGCAGCCAGGUGAACUUCUUUCGCCAGAUCGUCAUCAGCCCCCAGGUGAGCCGUGAAGAUAUGGAUUUUGUGCUUAAAGAGAUCGAGGCCCUCGGCGUGGACAUGUAGCGGCCGGCGUCUGGACGACCAGAGGAACCCCGUGAAGUCUCCUCGCCAGCGUCGAUCCAAAGCGGAAAUUAGUUCUGCCCACAUGAUGACUUUCUUUCAGAAAUGUUUUGGUCUAAAGAUACUGCUGUACUCUUGUCUUGAAGUUUAAACCGUACUGAAGGUUUGAUCGGCCCUGCUGACCUCAUUUGGAUCGCAGUAAAGACGACCGCCCUGAAUCUGACCAAGUCGACGAGCCCGAUGCCAUAGCACUGCUUGGCACCGAGCUGAAAUAAGCUUAGCAGUUGUCCUCAUGCUAAUCAUGCUGCCACCUCACUCGAUGUGCCCACGGGCAUCCAAAGCACUUCUGGGAGUCGAGAAGGCGCUGGGAAUGAGCAGCAGGGGGCGCCCUUAGGAUGGGGGAGUUAGGGGGGUCAGACAAAAGGCACCGAGGCAUCAGCUUCACUUAAAUAGUCAGAGCAGCGAGAACCCGGGCUGCAAGUGCCAGACACGAUUGUCACUUCUGCUUUGAAAUGUUGAAACGGGCGGCGAGCAGGCGGCGAGUCAAAAAAA